UAAGAUUGAAUCUUGGAUGUUCUUGAGGUUCGUGUUGAGUGGGUCGCUGGUGCUUCUGUGAAAACCCUAAAUUCGUGCUGGGUAAGCUCGUAAGCUAGGGUUAGUCGUCUGGAGAAAUGUUUAUUGAGGAGAGAACGUGUAAUGGUGACAGUAUGGAUUGCUCCCUAGUGGCUCUUUGUGCGGAUGGUGCUGCCUUGAAUGGGUAUGCAUUUGGAUUUGGAGGUGAUAAUACUGAUGGGAAUUUGGGGGUCUCUUCUGCUGAGGAGCUUCGUACUUACAAGCGGCGUAAGCAGUCGAGGCUGAGUUCAGAGAGUAGCCUUCAAGAAGAUGGGAGAGGUUCUGAAGGAGCAGCAGGUCAAUUACCAGGCCAGACCAUCAAAAAGCCAGGGGACAURGUUGCACACAAGAAUUCUCUUGAGCAAGAUGGCCUUUCGAGAAUAGUUUGUCCUGUUCUUUUAGAUGGCAUUGAUGAUUGUCCACAUGGCCACUGGAGGCGUGUUGUGCUGGAAGAAAUAUCACAGUCAUUGGGUGUGAGUGAAGGUGGUAUACAUAGAUGCAUCCGUGAAGCAAUCAUGCACAGUCAAUUCCGUUAUGGUAACAUGCCUAAGGUGCAAAAUGCCACUGAGCAAACUGCAUGGAACCAGGAAUCUGCCAAGCGUCAUGGAGAUAGUCAGAAAUUACACUCACAGUUAAACAGUACAACUAAAAUACCUGAUAGAAAGCAGAAUUUUGCCAAGGGGCAUGUGGAUGCUUCUCCAGUUGGAUCCCAAAAUGAGACAAGUGAUCGAAUCCAUGUUCAUCACAACACUGAGUUGUGUCAGCAGGUUUUUCAUAAAGUUAUAAUUUCAGAGAAGUUUGCAUUGCUGUGUAAGUUACUCUGCGAAAAUUUCCAAGGUGUCAAGGUUGACAGCUUUUUUGACUUUAGUAUCAUCAACUCAAGAAUGAAAGAGGGGGCUUAUGAACAGUCUCCAGUACUUUUUUGUGCGGACAUUCAACAGGUGUGGGGAAAGUUCCAGAGAAUAGGAGCCGAAAUGGUUUCUCUUGCGAAGAGCCUUUCAGACUUGUCACGGACUUCUUACCGUGAGAAGGUGGGAGGCCUAGUAAAUGGUGCUUAUGAAGAAGGAAAAUUUGAGGAUUCUGACCACACCAAAUCGGAGCAAACAGAGGCUUGUGCCAUGGACAAAGAUUAUAAAUGUAUGCGCUGCAGAUCUAAGACGGAGGGAAAAGAUUUCUUGGUUUGUGAUUCGUGUGAGCAAGUGUACCAUAUCCGUUGCAUUGAGCCUGCUGUGGAGGAGAUUCCACCAACAAGUUGGUUUUGUGCCAACUGCACUGCAAGUGGGGUUGAAUCAUUGCAUGACAAUUGUGUUGUAUGUGAGAGGAUUAAUGACACCAGGAUCCAAACCAAUGGAGGUGGGGAUGAGAUGGUUCCAACCGGUGAAGAGUUGCUUAGUGACUUGGAAGAGAGGUCAGAUUGCAGUAUGGAUGCUAAAAAUGGGCUCCAUCUGUCCAGCAAAAACAUAAAGAAAAUGUCUUGCAAGUUCUGUGGAAGUGGGGGAGAGGAUGGCCAGAAGUUCCGUGCGUGUGGACACCCCCUCUGUCCUUUCAAGUACUACCAUGUAAGGUGCUUGWCGAGUCAGCAGUUGAAGUCCCAUGGAUCAUGUUGGUACUGCCCUUCAUGUCUCUGUAGAGCUUGUUUGACUGAUAAAGAUGAUGAUGAUAUUGUCCUCUGUGAUGGCUGUGAUGAAGCAUAUCACAUUUAUUGUAUGGAACCUCCUCGUACUUCUAUUCCAAGAGGGAAAUGGUUCUGCAGCCAAUGUGAUGGUGGGAUUGAGGCAAUACGGAAGGCAAAGAUGGCAUAUGAGGAUCAUGAGAAACAACAGAAGAGGAAGAAGAAGCAGUCAGCAAUCGAAGCUGUAGGAUCAGUGGAUAUGCUUCUAAAUGCUGCUGAAAAGCUCAAGUGUGAGGAAAAAAUGGCUGCCACUGUGAGGAAGAGAUAGGAAGAGCACAAAAUUUUUCUGGACAAAAAAGUCGAAGGGGAGGGACAUCCACUUCAUUGUCUGUGUUUGAUUCAUUUCUUGAUACUCCUUUGGUAAGGGUUUUGUACAUUUUGGUCGAAUACCCUAUGCCAWGAAAGCUGUCUUUCACCACAUUGUUUAGAGGACUAACAUGUUUUGGUCGUAAACAUUGUUUAGGCUAGGUUUCUUUUGGAUCUAAAAUACAUUAAUGCUGAAGGUGGUGGGGGUUUGUAUCAGUGUCAUUGAACUGCCAUGUAAACUACGGUAUAUAGCUCAUCGUUUGGAGGAUUUAGCUGGGGCUUAGUCCCUAUUAAACAGGGAGAAGACCUCCAAGACCUGCUAUUAGCUUAAUGAUCCUCUGGAGUGCAAAUGCUGAGAAAGUAGAGUCUUGUCAGCUUUGUAAUGGGUAUCAGAAAGGCAAUGUUGCAGGAUGUUGUAAUAUUAAGAAAUUGCAUCCAAAUGCCCAUUUCUUUACAAUUGAAAAUAUGAAURUUUUCAGAUACAUUAAUUAUCUUCAACUUAYUAUUUCUGA